UCAUGUGAGCGUGGCGGUGUCAUCACGUGACCAUCAUGGCGGUGUGUGUAGCUGUAAUAGCAAAAGAGAAUUACCCUCUGUACAUCCGAAGUGUUCCCACACAGAGUGAGCUCAAGUUCCACUACACAGUGCACACUUCACUGGACGUGGUUGAGGAGAAGAUCUCUGCGGUGGGUAAAACCAUGGGUGAUCAGAGAGAGCUCUACCUUGGACUGCUCUACCCAACAGAGGACUACAAGGUAUAUGGCUAUGUGACAAACUCCAAAGUUAAAUUUGUAAUUGUUGUAGAUUCGUCAAACACGUCGCUAAGGGACAACGAAAUACGAAGUAUGUUCAGAAAACUGCACAACUCCUUCACAGACUUGAUGUGUAAUCCCUUCUACAACCCCGGUGAUCCAAUUCAGUCCAAGAUGUUUGACAGCACGGUGUCGGGGAUGAUGGUGCAGACCUGCUGAAACCAUUCCUUGUUUGUUGUACAUACAGUUGUGCAUUCGUGUCCUGAUUGUGUAUUUGUUAAUAUAUGUUGAAUGUAUCAAAUAAAACCAGUCUUCAAUUUAAACAAA